AUGACGACAGAUAAUACUAGCUCAAUUCAACAAAUUACUGCAGGUAGUAACAUUAUUGUAGUCUCGAAUAGAUUACCCGUUACUAUCAACAAGAACCAUGAGACUGGUGAAUAUGAAUAUAAGAUGUCAUCCGGUGGUCUUGUUACCGCUUUGCAAGGUCUUAAAAAAACGUCCACUUUUCAAUGGUAUGGUUGGCCAGGUUUAGAGAUUCCUGAUGAGGAUAAAGAAAAGGUUAAGAAGGAUUUGAAGGAGAAAUUUAACGCAAUUCCAAUUUUCUUGAGUGAUGAAAUUGCAGAAUUACAUUAUAAUGGGUUUUCUAAUUCAAUUCUAUGGCCUUUGUUCCAUUAUCAUCCUGGUGAAAUUAAUUUUGAUGAAAAUGCUUGGUUGGCCUACAAUGAAGCAAAUUUAACAUUUGCUAAUGAAAUUCUGAAAAAUACGAAAGAUAAUGAUUUAAUAUGGGUUCAUGACUACCAUUUAAUGUUAUUGCCUGAAUUGUUAAGAUCAAAGAUCAAUGAAAUGAAAUUUAAAAACAUUAAAUUGGGUUGGUUUUUACACACUCCUUUCCCUUCAUCUGAAAUCUACAGAAUUCUCCCUGUAAGACAGGAAAUCUUAAGAGGGGUUCUAAGUUGUGAUUUGUUAGGUUUCCAUACCUAUGACUAUGCAAGACAUUUCCUUUCUGCAGUGCAGAGAGUGCUAAAUAUAAACACUUUGCCAAAUGGUGUGGAAUAUCAUGGUCAUUUUGUCAAUGUGGCUGCGUUCCCAAUUGGUAUCGAUGUUGACACUUUCACUGAUGGUUUAAAGACUGAAAAAGUACAGAAGAGGAUUCAAGAAUUGAAGGAAACUUUCAAAGGUUGUAAGAUAAUUGUAGGUGUCGAUAGAUUAGAUUAUAUCAAAGGUGUGCCACAAAAAUUACAUGCUAUGGAGGUGUUCUUGAAUGAACAUCCAGAAUGGAUAGGUAAAGUUGUGCUUGUACAAGUUGCUGUUCCAAGCCGUGGUGAUGUCGAAGAAUAUCAAUAUUUGAGAUCUGUAGUCAAUGAAUUAGUCGGUAGAAUAAAUGGUCAAUUCGGCACGGUGGAAUUUGUUCCAAUCCAUUUUAUGCAUAAGAGUGUUCCGUUCGAAGAGUUAAUCUCACUAUACGCUGUGAGCGAUGUUUGUUUAGUCUCCUCUACAAGAGACGGUAUGAACUUGGUCUCUUAUGAAUAUAUUGCUUGUCAACAAGAAAAGAAAGGUUCCUUGAUUCUCAGUGAAUUUGCUGGUGCUGCUCAAUCUUUAAAUGGUGCUCUUAUUGUUAAUCCAUGGAAUAAUGAUGAAUUAUCAGAUGCAAUCAAUGAAGCAUUAACUCUUCUACCUGAAAAGAAAGAAGCAAACUGGAAGAAAUUGUAUAAAUACAUCUCCAAAUACACUUCAGCCUUCUGGGGGGAAAAUUUCGUUCAUGAAUUAUACAAUACAGGUAACAGUUCCUCAGCUACUGCCAGCAAAUAA